ACUUUAUACGAAUCAAUAUUCAAUUAAACAAACUACUACAUGUACUAAGGGAAAAAGUAAGUACUGGUAGCUAUUAGGAUUAAUCAUAUACUAGUUGCAGUAGAUACUGAUUUUGUUGGCUGUGUAUAGGUAAUCGUUAUCUUGUGUUUAGAAGAAGGCUUUCUCUACUCUACAUUAAAGUGCAUUGAAAAUGAACAAAGGCAUACUAACAAAGACCAUUUACUAGAUGAAAAUGGAAAGGUUUAUGUCGAGGUUUAUGUCCGACCAUUGAUUUUUGAUUACAGUGUAUUUCUGGCAAUUUUUCGAUUGAUCUGGUAGAAUACUAACGAUGAAAUAAACACGAGCUGUCCUAGGGAUCAUGUAAUCAAAAUUCUGUGUCAUUACUGACGACGUCCCUGGAGAGAAACAUCUUUCGUAGUUGGAAAUUAUAGGAAUGAUAUAUUCGUCACGAAUAGUAAUCCAAUCUGUGGAUAUCAGUGGUUUUAAUGCGACAGUUGUGAUGCGAAAAGUGUUAGAUUGAAUGUGUGUUUUAACCAAAAUGCACACAAUGUCACUGCCUUUGAGUUUCAAUGUUCAAGCUAAGUUUAAGUUUUAUAGAGACGAAGAAAGUAUGGUAAAAGAUUGGAAACAAGCAGCCAAAUAUAACGCCUCACAAGCCACGUUCUUAGAAGGAAUGUUACUUAAGAAUGUCGACCCUGGAGGAACCCUUCUGUAUGUAGAUUAUUCCGUGUUUUAUGGUGGAAUGAGAGACCUUCGACAAAUCUCGUGGGAACCCUUACAGAAGCAUAGCAUUAAUAACAUACUUAGAAUCCAAAAUCAUCAGUAUUCUGCAGAUAUCGAACCACGAAGACUCAUGGAAGAAGGUUGCUAUGACGAAGAAGAAUGUAUUGUUCGUGAAGCCGUCAAACAACUCCCCAGAACCCCAGUUUCAAAAGACAGUGUAUAUAUUCUCUCAGCAUUCCAUACGAUGGACAUUACAGAAAAUCUCGAACGGAGAUGGAUGUCAUGGAGCGGUGCCAAGGUCAUUCUGUGGAAAUGUCCGAAAGACUUAAAAUUACGCCGUAUUACAUUUUUACGUUCUACAACUGAGCGAGACAGCUUUAGUUAUCUCGUUCUUGCUGAAUGUGAAGAAGGGAUGAAUUGUUUAAAUCUCGCGAGACAAUUUGCUGACCAUUUGAAGGACAGAAGGUGCGGACUUGUGGGGUUGUACAAAGUAGAACGUUAUUACAUUCCACAGUUAGCCAGAUCUCAUAGCUCAAGUACAGUGUAGAACCAAGAGACAACCUCAAAGCACAAGUUCAAUUUAGAACAAACAGUAGAGCUCAAAGUGCAGGUAUAAUUUACAACAAAAUGAAGAUCUCAAAGCAAAAGUGCAAUUUAGGACAAACUAAAGAGCUCAAAGCACAAGUACAAUUUAGAACAACCAGACGAUUCUACUUUACACCAGCCAACAGUAUAAAUAUAUAAAGAGAGCAUAGCAUUAGAAUAGUCUCUCAUGAUACAGACGGGUUGUAACAUUUUCACUGAUGUUACAUAAUUCUCAACCAAGAGCACGUGUGUAAUGAAGACUAUUCUGAAGUACUUAUUUUCAUAGUUUAGAGAAGGUAUGCACUUGCAACAAUGGUUACAAAAAUACGAUUCCAAACAUCUGUAUGGCAAUUACACAACUAAAAUACGAUUCCAAACAUCUGUAUGGCAAUUACACAACUAAGUACGAAGAAAGUCAGCAUCUCAAAUAUCAAGAACCGCCAGUACCA